UACCUGACAGGAACUUUCCAUUUCGAGCAGGAGACUCUGCCCCCGCGGUAGAGCCUGAUCCCGACAGAUUCUAAUCUUGGGCUCUGCUGCAAUGAAAGGAUGACCUUCGAUGCGCUCGGCCCCCGCUCACUGCUACCUAUGCUUCUGUUGAGCUUGUAUACUACUAGCCAAGAUGACAUCUUAUGCUUGUGCUUGUGCUUGCGCUUCGGCCGAAGCAACCCAGUCAGCUACUUGAGCAUGGUUAUUCGAUGGCAGGGGGUCCAUACUUUGGCUCUUGACCUUUUGACCUCUUGCCUCUCACUUCUCACUUCUCAUCUCGCCUCUCGCCUCACACAGUCCCGCCCCUCAUCUGCAGAGGCUGGGCAGCGCACGUUACCUUGCGGGCGCUAAUCUUGUCCUUUCAUCACCGGCGGAUGACAUGGCUAGCUGUAGGAGCGUUUGCCUGGUGACGACACACACCACCCUGUUUCCAUUUAGGUUA